CAAGAAGCACAAGCCGGGGCUGGCGGCGGACCAGGCUGUUGUUGUUCUCAACGCGGUCCGCCCCGUGCCCAUAUAAAAGGCGGCGGCGGCGCCCGCCCCGGCAGAAGGCGCACGGAGCGGAGCCGGCACAGCGCGCUGCCGGGCCCCGCCGCGCCCCCGCCCGCCCCCGCCCGGCCCGCACCAUGUCGGUAGACCUCGAAGACACCGAUCUGCCCAUGGCCGAGGCAGAGGAGGCGCCGCUCUCCCCGGAGAAGAAAGCGGCUGCUAAGAAGGUGAAAGGAGGCGGCGGCGCCUCGUUGUCGCCAUCGAAGAAAAGGAAGAACAACAAGAAGAAGAACCAGCCGGGCAAAUACAGCCAGCUGGUGGUGGAGACGAUCCGCAAGCUGGGCGAGCGCAACGGCUCCUCGCUGGCCAAGAUCUACAACGAGGCCAAGAAAGUGGCUUGGUUCGACCAGCAGAACGGCAGGACUUACCUGAAGUACUCGAUCAAGGCACUGGUACAGAACGACACGCUGCUGCAGGUCAAGGGCACCGGGGCCAAUGGCUCCUUCAAGCUCAACAGGAAGAAGCUGGAAGGCGGCGGGGAGGGGGGCGCGGGCAGCAGCGCCCACAAGUCCCUCAAGAAGGCGGCGGUGUCCUCGAGCCGGCGGGCGGAGAAGCCGGCGGCCAAGAGCAAGAAGCCCGAGAAGAAAUCGCACAAGAAGGGAGCCGGCGGCGCGGCGGCGAAGAAGGACAAGGGCAAAGCCAAGAAGACCGCCAAGAAGGGAGCCGCGUCCCCCGGGGGCAAGAAGGUGAAGAAGUCGGCAAAGCCCAAGGCGCUCAAGAGCCGCAAGGCGUGAGAGCGAGGCGCAGGGAGCCUCCCGCGGCACGGACUGCUCUGAGCACAGACCCCCAGGGGACCCGCUUUGUCUUUGUGUUGCUGACUCGCCUCCGCAGCCGCCGCCGUGCGCGGUGAGCGGGGCUGCGGCCGCCCCAGCC